AUGAGUUCGAUGUUGAUGAAACAAAUAUUGUUUAAUAAAUAUCGGAGUUAUAAGAAUGUACAAACAUUUAAUGUAAAUGUCUACGCAAAAAGCAUCCAGUCUGUUCUACUAUUAAAGCAGAAUAUAUUAGUAAUACACAUUAAAAACGAUCUAUCUAUGCUGGGGUCUAUUCUACAAGAAUUGAAAUUGAACAAUGUUGAAUCAGAGAUCAGAAAUACAGAUUGGAUAACUAAAGAAAAUCAAUGGGAACCAAAUCAUCGAUUCAAAUUAAAGUAUCAGUGUACAACUGUCAGUUUUACCUAG